CGUAAUCCGUGCACACACAACAGAGAACGGACGGUGACGGUUCGGUAGUAUUUUAGCAAACGCAACAGAAGGAAGAGAGUCCCAGCUCGGGAUUUGCUGGGAAAAGUGCAAAUUUUGUCCAGUUUUGUCAGCCUUUUCGCGUCCCAUUUCACGAUGGAGGUGGAAAGCAACGUAAUCAAGGAUGAACCAAGUCGCAGCAGAGGUAGGAGUGCUGCUGGCCAGCACCAUAGUCCUAGGAGCAGCGCAAGUAAUAACAAAACCAUCGCCUCUACUAGCAGCAGCAAUACCACCAGCACAGUCACCGUCAAAGUUGGCCUCAAUAUGAAUAUGUGCAGAUUGUGCUUGGCGGAGGGCAGCACCAACUCUCGGCUUCAACCCGUGUACUACUCGAAAGAUGCACCAGAUGAACCCUUGAUUCAGAAAAUACUAGAACUGACUACAAUACAGGUAACUUAUGCAACGGAUUUUCCUUCCUCAAUAUGCCUCGGUUGUAAAAGUAAGCUGGAAGAGUACCAUAUGUUUCGUCGAAGAUGUAUUGAAAAUGAUGAAAUACUUAAGCUAAAGUAUUACGAGUUGAAAACUGCUGAAAAGUAUCGCCACGUGCAUCAGCAGCACCAUAUGCAACCGACGGAGGAUAAUAAAGUUGGGAUGGAAGAGUACGUUGACGAUGGGGACGAUAUAACGCUGGCCAUCGAUGAAUCGGCCGAUGUAGACGAGUACCAAGAGGAGACUGAGGAAGAACACCAUCAGGAGCAGCAUCAACAGACUGUCAUGCAGCAGGACCCGCAGGUUGUGGAACAGCAAACAAUUCAGUACGUAUCGGCCGAUGGUACAAUGACCGAGUACAUUGAAUCAGGGGAUGUGCGGGUUGUGUCCAGCACCUCCCAACAGCAGCAGAUACAUAUUGGCGGAUACAGUGAUGCGGAAGGCAUUCAACCUACCGAAGGUCACGAGAUAUACUACACCGAUGGAACUGACACUUAUGCUAUCCGUACUACGGCCGAGGGGUACGUGAAUGCCGCAAACUAUGUGCCACAGGGAUAUGAUAAUCAAACCGAGAUUGAAUGCACCACUCUUGAACACUUACCAGAGGAAGAAGUUUAUAUGGACGAGGGAGGAGGCACCGCAGUCGGUAGCGUUAUAACACCGAGAGGAGUACACGAUCGACCAUUUGUUUGUAAGCAUUGCAAAACUAGUUUUAAGUACGAGUACAACUAUGAAAGACACAUGAAAAACCACGCGAAAGUUCUCUACCGGUGCGGUAAGUGUUCGAAAACAUUUACCAAGCAAAGAAAAUGCCAGCAGCACUUUUUAAAAGCCCAUUCCUCGCAGAGGUACGAAUGCGACAUCUGCUUCAGAACGUACAGUUUGCCGACUCGAUUGGAGAACCACGUAAUCGAGAUGCACUCCGAGAAUGGUGUAUACAAGUGCGACCGGUGUACGGAGACGUACACUUCCUAUCUAGAUUUCAAGUCCCAUCGCAACAGCCAUCACAGCGUAAACGGAUCGAAUGCCACAGUAAUCACGCAGGCCGUUGACCAACGAACGGUCCAAUCGAUGCAUCAAGUGCAGUCUCCUCAACCGCAUGCUAUGUCCCACACCGUGGGAACAUCUCUCAGCACUCGUUCAUCCGUUUCCGAUAGUUGUGAUUUCGAAGUAAUGAUUGAUGAAACUAAAAUUCAAAAACCAGGUGCACCCGAAGAAACAUCUGAUUCAAAACGACCACCCGCUACAGUUUUAACCAACUCCGAUCAAGACGUAAUUUUGAUCGACGAUGAAACGGCCUCGCACAGUGUCACUGCGCCAGUGAAUCAGAGCAAGCAUGUCAACCCGCUGAUUACCACCACCGCUGUUCCUAGCAGCAGUAUCAGCAGCACUAGCAGUAGCAGCAUCAUCAGUAGUGCUGCGCUUGCCGCAACGAGUCCCAACAAUGCCCCAGUGGCGGCACUGGCGAGCAGUAACAGUACGCCGUCAACCGUCAUCACCACCAACGGCAUUGACAAGAAUUCCCUGCAUCGGCAGCUGUUACAGCAGAUCGAGGAGAGCGAGGCCAACUCGACCGGGCCGAAGAUUUACAAAUGCGACAGCUGUAUUAAGACGUUUGUUCAUCUGAACAACCUGAAGGCACAUAUCUACGCCGAGCACGACAAUGACAAACCGUUCAAAUGCAAACUUUGCCCCAUUUCGUUCAAGACGAAGGAGAUUCUGGUGAUGCAUAUGGUAUUACAUUCUCAGCAUAAUACAGCGACCUAAAAAACGCGUGUAAAGAGUGAACAGUAGCAGUCUCGAAUAAUGAUUAAAGACAGUAUGCGGUGCCGCGACGGGUCGGCACAGAAUACCGGGAACUAGUAUAAUUAGGAACUAACAACAUGUUCAAAAACCUGACAAAAAAUAAUCUCUCAAUACAAUUGAAUAGUUUUCUCUACACGUAAAUGCUAAACUGAACACAAAAUACAGAAAAAAGCAAGCUAGGCAGUUUACUGACGAGGAUCAGUAUAUACACAAAUUCAAAACUUAGAUAUUUAGAAGCAGAAAUAACAAAAUGCAAACGACAAACCAGACAAAAGGACAGGCAGAAACGCGGCAUGAUGAACGUGCAGAAGUUAUCUAGUAUAAGGGUCAACCAGAGAGAUCUAGAGAAUUUACGAUUUCCUUUUGUUUUAUUUUUUCGUGUUUUAAUAUAUUGAACGUACUAACCUAAUUUAGUCUAAGUUUACGUUUGCAACCAGCAGACGGUUGGCUUGCAAUAAGUAGCUUUCUGCAAUAUAUAUUGUUAACAAAAAAUAUCCUGUUAGAAGGAGGUUUAAAACCUGCUUCAAAUGGUGCUUUUCUUCGGAAAUAAAUCUCGCUCUUAUGUUUUUUUUUAUAUGCGACAAUAUAGUUUACACACGAAUACGUUUUCUAAGGCUUGCUUUUAAGUAUACUUUAAGUACCAACAUAUACAACGUUUUAACUUGUAAGAAUGAUGCUUGAAUUAUAUUGUUACGCAAAAGAGAUUGCAGACAAGAGGGCGUGGAAUCGGAAUUGACGAAGAGACUUUUACAGGCGAGGAUAUUCGACUCUUUUGAAACUUCUUCAUAUUCAUUUGUUACUAAAACUAGAAAUCGUUUGUUCUUGGCUGUAAGAGUUUUAGAUCUUCGCAAGCGAAGCUUGGUAAAAUUAAACUCGCAAUAGUUCAAUAGCGAUUAUUCACGGCUCUGUCCACUUCGAGUUUCGAAAGUUAAUAUGGUAAAAAAUUCAUUGUCCGUGGAAAACACAAUUGAGCUACUGUGCGUGUGUGUAUUGUGCAAAUAUGAUAAGAAUCGGUUCUUCCAGGGGAAACAAAAAUUUUAUGUUUUCGUUUGUUAACCCACUUUAAGCAAUGAAAGCUAAAGGUGGACAUUAAAAAAAAGCAACAAAAAACCUUUAUUGUGAUCUGGGUAGUUUAAAAUGCGAUGUUGAUUUUGUUUUAUUAUUUUAAAUUGGUUGCGAUUCCUUGUAGUGUUAUAAGAGAAUAAAUUAAAUAAUUUAUCUAAAUUCAUCGACAUAUACAUAGAAGUAGAUAGUAAUGCGGCCGGAAAUGCGCUGCGAAAUCAAAAUGAGAACGUGUCGCACUGGCGCAAUUUAGUGAAACUGAGAGAGUUGAUCGUUUGAUAUAUUUUAUUAUCGCUGUUAGGUAAUGAGGUAACGUUAUUUGGAGCAAUACGGAAUAGGCAAAAGAAAGCUUCACUGCACAUCCAAUUUUGUCAUUUUUAUUAACGAAACCUGCAUAGCUAAAAAUACUGCGGGAGUACCGUUUUAUCAUGUAUUCAAAACCAGAAACGUUGUAUCAGCACAUCCUUAUUUAUUUGUGAAAGAUUUCUUACCAAGGAUGAAGAGGUGUUGUGAAUUAGAGUUUUUUGAAUGAAAAAUGGCAACCAUUUUUCGAAUUGUUCUUAUAUUAUUCGAUAAAUUUCUACUUCAACUUUCACCAUUACCCUUUUCCACUUGGUGGUAAAAAUUUCCAAUCAUCAGAGGCAGAAUUAAUUGUGACAAAAUGGAAACAAACAAGAUACUGAUGUUAGGAUAAAUUGAAACGAUUACCUACGAAAAUCGUAAACACAAAAUUUGCGAAUCGCCAUGAUCUAUGAAAAAUAAAGUGUAACAAAAUGUUCUCUAUACAAA